AUGGAGAGUGAACAGAUUAAAGAAGAAAAAAGGAAUCCUACUUCUAUGAUAAAAUUUCUCAAAAAACUACCCAAAAAUACACCUGAUGAUUACGGCACACUUAUAAUGGAAUUGACAAAGUAUAACCCUGAAGAACGAAUCCCCCUUACAAUCGCACGGCUUGAACUAGAAAAUUUGUUCGAUGAAAACGUACUAUGGAUAGAUCUUGAUCCGGAUGAUGAUGACUCGGAAACUCCAACGCCUGAUACUGAUUCUUCAUCGAUCACCAUUGAGACACCUCCGACAAGCACCGGGGAGUUGGGUCCCGUGGGCAAAAAAUCCGCUGACAGCAAGAACCCCAUAAACCCUACCAAAGAUCGUGAAUCAGAUAGUUCUACGUCCGCCAACAAGCGCAUAUGUGAUCAUGACAUCAACGAUAGUCCAACUAGCAUUGAUCCUCCGAACUUGAUUUUUCAAAGGAAUCGGUUGGAUGAAAAUUAUCUGGAGAUUGAGGAAACAAACCGGGUGACAGAAAUAAAAAAAAAAGUAUACACUAUAUUUGGUCUCUGGGAGAAACUCGUUGAUACAACGAUUAUUCAUCGAUUGGAAGCUUUAUGUCGUGCCGAGGGACUUAGAUCCAGGGAUCUGUUGAACAUAUUUGAGGAGAAUCCCUUUGAAUCUCCAAACUACUAUUUCGCCAUUGGGUUUUUCAACGAACACGGAUUUGGAAAAUUCGAAGACCCAAAAGCAGCUUUCGAGAAUUAUUCGAAAGCCAGAGAUGCACGCGGAAAAGUAUAUCUGGGUUGGUGCUAUUAUAAGGGCAUGGGAACGCAAAAAGACCCGCAAAAGGCUUUUGAAGCUUUCCAGAGUGCAGCCGAUCAAGGAUGCGCCUCUGCUCAAAAUAAUGUCGGAUGGUGUUACGAUAUAGGAUUCGGUGUUCAUUCUGAUCCCGUUAAGGCAUUCGAGUGUUUCAGGGCAUCUGGGGAGAUGGGAUACGCCACCGCUCAGUGUCGGGUAGGCCUCUGCUACGAGUACGGCAAAGGCACCGCAAAAGAUCUAGAAAAGGCUCUCGAAUGGUACAACAGGGCCGCCGAAAAUGGUCUCGAGUCGUCCAAGAAACGAGCCAAUGAAAUAUCAAAGAUGAUUGCAGGAGGCAGACGUAGAAACUUUCUGGUUUGUAGUCUCUCAUGA